AUGUUUAAGUUGAUAAUUAAGAAUCCUCUCUUGACCCUCUUCAUAAAGCUUAAUGUUGGUUUAAAUUUGAUUCCAUAUUCUGACAAAUUUUCUUCAAGUUCUCCAAAUGAUAAUUCUCCUCUGUUUUUUGUCUCACAAAGUGAUUUUUCCCCAUCAGAGGAGAUUGAUUGGAAGGUGUCAAAAGAUUCUCAUAGCAAAGCAAAGGAAGAGGAAAGAAAAGCCAAAGAGCCUGUUUGCAACAAAGGCAUCACUCAAAUGAAAACUGCUGGAAAGAAAGCUGAAGAAGUGGCUCAGCUUGCUGAGUUCCAAGCAAAGGGUGAGGAAGAAGUAGGUCAGAUCUUGAGGAAAAGACGUGAACAACAGAGAACCAUUGAGGCUGACAUGGAGAUUGCAAGAGGACAUUCUUGGUGA